GAUUGAUGACGUCACGAGAAAUAAUCAAGAUGGCGGAGACCGAGCUGAAUGUCGAUAGCUUGAUAUCGCGCCUUUUGGAAGUUCGAGGAUGCAGACCAGGAAAGACUGUUCAGAUGACAGAGGCGGAAGUGAGAGGAUUGUGCUUGAAGUCACGAGAGAUCUUCCUCAGUCAGCCUAUCUUACUGGAGCUGGAGGCACCAUUGAAAAUAUGUGGUGAUAUCCACGGACAGUACACAGACCUACUACGAUUGUUUGAGUAUGGAGGCUUCCCACCAGAAUCCAACUAUCUGUUUCUAGGCGAUUAUGUAGACAGAGGAAAACAGUCCUUGGAAACGAUUUGCUUACUUCUUGCUUACAAAAUUAAAUACCCAGAGAAUUUCUUCCUUUUACGUGGAAACCAUGAAUGUGCAAGUAUCAACAGAAUAUAUGGAUUUUAUGAUGAAUGUAAGUGUUUUAAUGUUGAUACGUUAUUUAUCCUCAAA